AGGAACUAUGGUUGACACAUUGACAUUUCCCCAGUCAUUUACGGUUCACAAGUUUAAUUUAUUCCCUUGGUGCGAAACAUAAAACCAAAAGUCACCGCCAUAGCUCCUCUUUUCUAUCAUCUUCUUCCUCCUUUUUUUCUCACUUCAAACCAUAAAUUUAGAAUCUCCUCUUCAGAAGCUUAGCAUCAUCCUCUCCUGUUAGUUGCCCAUUAUGUUACUCUGGAUUACACAAUCAAGUACAUAGAUUAGACUUAAACAAAUGGCCUCUGUUUAUUAUUCAGCUGCUUCAAUCCCUAAAAAUUCUCUAUCAAUCCCAUUUCAAAUCCCUAAAUUCCCAAAUCCCCACUUCCCAUCAUCUCUCAAAAUCCCUAAAAGUAACCAUCUUGUGGCUGUUAGAGUGGAGGGUGGAUUUAGGGUAUCACUAAAAUCCGUAGAAUUGGAGCAGUACAUAACAAGCGACGACGAAGACGAAAUGAGCGAAGGGUUUUUCGAGGCAAUCGAAGAGCUAGAGAGAAUGUCAAGAGAACCAUCUGAUAUUUUGGAAGAAAUGAACGAGAAAUUAUCAGAUAGAGAGUUACAAUUGGUGCUGGUUUACUUCUCUCAGGAGGGUAGAGACUCGUGGUGUGCGCUCGAGGUGUUUGAAUGGCUACGCAAAGAGAAUCGCGUCGAUAAGGAGACAAUGGAGCUUAUGGUUUCGAUUAUGUGCAGCUGGAUUAAGAAGUUGAUUGAAGGGGAGCAUGAUAGUGGGGAUGUGGUUGAUUUGCUUGUGGAUAUGGAUUGUGUUGGGUUGAAGCCGAGUUUUAGUAUGAUUGAGAAGGUUAUAUCUUUGUAUUGGGAGAUGGGGGAGAAGGAGAAGGGUGUUGAGUUUGUGAAGGAGGUUUUGAAGCGUGGGAUUUCUUAUUUGGAGGAUGAUGGCCAAGGACAUAAGGGAGGUCCCACGGGUUAUCUUGCGUGGAAGAUGAUGGUUGAUGGAAAUUAUAGGGACGCGGUCAAAUUGGUCAUUCAGUUUAGAGAAUCGGGGUUGAAGCCAGAGAUAUACUCCUACCUCAUUGCAAUGACAGCUGUUGUGAAAGAACUAAAUGAAUUAGCGAAAGCUUUGCGCAAGUUAAAAGGUUUUGCGAAAUCUGGUUUGAUAGCUGAACUUGACGCGGAGAACAUUAGGCUUACUGAGAAAUACCAAGCAGAUCUUAUUGCUGAUGGAGUACUUUUGUCGAGUUGGGUGAUUCAAGAAGGUAGCCCUUCACUCUACGGUGUAGUUCAUGAGCGGCUGCUUGCUAUGUAUAUUUGUGCAGGUCGUGGACUAGAUGCUGAGAGACAGUUGUGGGAAAUGAAGCUUGUGGGUAAGCAGCCGGAUGGAGACCUUCAUGAUAUCGUCCUGGCCAUCUGUGCAUCCCAAAAGGAGGAGAACGCAAUAUCCCGAUUACUUACCCGAACAGAAGUUUCAAGCUCUCUUCAGAAGAAAAAGACAUUGUCAUGGUUGUUGAGAGGUUAUGUUAAAGGCGGACAUCUUGAGGAGGCUGCAGAAGCAUUAGUUAGAAUGCUCGAUUCAGGAUUAUGUCCAGACUAUUUGGAUAGGGUGGCUGUGUUGCAGGGUUUAAGAAAACGAAUCCAACAAUGGGGGAAUGUGGAAUCAUAUCUGAAUCUCUGUAAGCGCCUUUCUGAUGCAAACUUGAUUGGACCUGCUCUUGUAUAUCUGUAUAUAAAGAAAUAUAAACUCUGGGUCAUGAAAAUGCUUUGAGAAACUACUCAGAAGUUGAACAGAUAGCCCGACGAGAAAUAUUGGUAUGACCGCUUCUUGUCUUGGGAGCUAUAAAUUGUAAAUUUUGUAUAGAAUCAUACGGGCUUCCCUCGGGUGAAAAGAGUUUAUGUAGCUAUGUAAUUAAUACUUGCAUGUGUGUGAAAUUGAAGCAAACUGAAUUAAUAAAUUUAGGUCAUUUUGAUUUAGU